UACACAAGCACGCAUCAAUGAAACACGUUUUACGAUCACACACACUAGCACACUACGGAAUUUUCAACCCUAAUGUUGUCCUACAUUCAGGACAUAACCUCAAAAAAUGAUUCGGUUCGCGGAGAUCAGUUCUAGUGUUUCCGUCUUCUGUCACCAGAAUAUGUGAACCGCGUGUGACGUGUCUUCAGUUCAGCGUCAGUGACAGCCGGAAUGCACGCCCAGUCCGAUUUCGGCAAUUUAUGAUAGUGUCAACCAAAUGAGUUAUCAUCUCCUUUCGAAAGUUGGCGAUCAUCAUCACUACUUCAAGUUUGGAUGUCGCGCUUCUGAACAAUGACGUGCUUUGACCAAACCAUUGUCUAAGAUUCUUCAACCAAGAGCCUGCGGUCAGCUCCUACCGCCAGGCCUCCUUCUUCCUGCCACUAUGCCUUUUCAAAUGGGAACUGACGACAGCAUGAGCGACGAUGUGUUCGAAGACGAGUUGCGUGCGCCGACCCUACGGGCCACGCCCUCACCUACUGGCUACAGAGACUACCGGCCUGUCGAUUCACCGGCGCGCGCGCCUCACGACGAUGACAUUCCCAUACAUAAGACAAUAUUGCUCGGGGACAGCGGUGUCGGCAAAACCUCUCUGCUCGUUCAGUUUGAAACUGGUAAAUUUCAACCUGGGAAUUUCUCAGCGACCGUCGGUAUUGGAUUUACGAAUAAAGUAGUUGCUGUGGACGGAAUCAAAGUGAAGCUUCAGAUAUGGGACACAGCUGGACAAGAGCGCUUUCGUAGCGUCACACACGCCUAUUACAGAGACGCUCACGCCCUUCUUCUGCUCUACGAUGUGACAAAUAAAACCAGUUUUGACAACAUUCGCGCGUGGCUCGGCGAGAUAAGAGAGUACGCGCAAGACGAUGUCGUCAUAAUGCUUCUUGGAAACAAGUCGGACAGCGGCCUCGAGCGGGCGGUGAGGCGGGAGGAGGGACAGCGUUUGGCGCGAGAAUAUCAAGUCUCGUUUAUGGAGACAUCGGCAAAAACCGGGUUGAAUGUAGAAGCGGCGUUCGCUCAUGUUGCACGCGCUUUGGUCGUGAAAGCGGAUCCCGCUGACCCGGCGCGUCUGGCCGUGCGCGCGCAGCCCUCGCAAGAACAACGCUCUGGCUGCCCGCCGUGCUCUUAAGCGCCAAAUUUGAAAAUUUAAACGCGUUUAAAAAUGAUCCAGGACCAAGGUCGUAUUUUGUAAAUUGUUGUAUAAUAAAUAAAAUGAUUGCACAAAAUAUGCAUUUAUAUAAAACAUUGUACAGUCAGACCGGUUUAUAUUUCAUAUCUGUUAAUUUUACUUAAUCAAAUUAUAUAUGGCCUGUCAAGUAGUGAGAAUUCUAAGUAUCUAUUUUUUUCAGUUUACUGUCCUUUGCACAAAAGCUUAAUGCAUUUUACCUACCUAGGUACAUAUUCCUUUUAAAAAUUAAUAUUUUAUGGGCAAGAAACUUUUUAAGGAAGCUUUAUGGUCACUAUUAUCGUUGUUAAUGUUGCUGAGCUUUAUAAAAAUGUAUCAAUACCCUAAAUUAUUGGAACAAUAUAAAGAGUAAAUAAAAAAAAAAAAAAUUGUUUUAUAAAUUCAUAUCAUAUUAUAAUGUUAAGCUAGCUUACUGUAAUCUACCUUUAAACUAAUAUUAAAUUAAAGAAAACUAUAUGAGAAGCUAUUAUAUUAUUUGAAAAAAAAAAUCAAUAAUUUAUAUGUAUGAAUCUUUAAAAAAAGCGCUACACAUUUACCUACACUUGAAAUUAUACAAAUUUCCUAUUUAUAUUAAGUAAAAGCUUUAUCGUUUUUUUGAUAAAAGAGUAAUAAAAAAUAUAGAAAUGUAUGUAUUUACAAAUUUACAUUUAAACAUCAUAUUCACACAAUAUAUAAACUUUAACAAUUAAAAACAAUUGUUAAAUGAUAUCUAUAAUUGCAAUAAUAUUAUUAUGAAACCUAUGUACUUAAGAUUAUCAUACAUUGUAACCUAAUUAAUAAUAAUUAUAGGAAGUAUCGCUCUAAAUUAAUGUUAUAUCUUCAAUGUUGUGGCAUUAAAUGCGUGUUGCUUACGCAAAAUAUUGAAAUAAAUAAGCAUUUGUCA